GGGGAAAUGAAAUCCCCAAAAUUUUGAAAACCCGCCUUGUUCUUUUCUACCUUUUUUCUAUCUUUCAUCUUCACAAUCGAUUCUCUCCUCUCCCUCCUCUCCAAUCCGCUUCUCCCCUACUCCUGACCUUACUUGUUAAUCGUCUCAUCGGAUCUCUACUCUAAUGUCUCUCUGAAGAUCAAGAAAUUUCAAGCCCUAGUCUCCCUCUGAGGCAGAGACGAAAAGAGAAAGAAACAUGAACAAUGCACCUAUCGUUGUUACGACUUAUGAUGCUUCUCAAAUCUUCUCAAAGCUUUUGAUAAGAACAUUGGCUGAGUUGCUUCUCAAAGCUUUUUAUAAGCACCCCGUCGGCUUUGCAUAUCGGAAAUCGACCCACAUCCUCAAAUUAGGGGCAACAAAAUCAACUAUUUCUGGAACUUGGGUUUCGGUUCCAAUUGAAAUUGAAGGGUUUCUGGUCACCAUGAUCAAAGGGUCAUCAAUAACCGUUAAAGCUUACUCGGCAGAUCAGUCUUCUUCUCCAGCGUCUAACCAGUAUUCCAUGGAAUACUUUCAGGUGUUGAAAUUUGGUGAUUAUAGGUUUAGGACCUGCUGGUUACACAGCAGCAAUCUACGCAGGUCGUGCCAAUUUGAAGCAUGUAGUGAGGGAUAUCAAAUAGGCGGUGCAAUAUGUGAUGAAGCUACAGGGGCGACUGCCAAAAGGCUUAAAUUACCUCGUGAAGAUGAGUUCUGGAGUAGGGGAAUUAGUGCCUGUGCAAUCUGUGAUGGAGCUUCACCAAUUUUUAAGGGUGAAGUUCUUGCUGUUGUAGGAGGAGGUGAUACAGGAACUGAGGAAGCAAUAUAUUUGACUAAAUAUGCAAGACAUGCACAUUUACUUGUACACAUAGAUCAAUUAAAGGCCUCACGAGCUAUGCAGGACAGAGUUUUUGAUAAUCCAAAUAUCACGGUGCAUUUCAACACAGAGACAGUUGAUGUUGACGCACUUGUUAAAGAUGGACUUCUUGAUAAGCUAAAAAUUGGACCUCUAGAAACAGUUAAAGGAGGAAGUAUAGACCCUAAGGGGGCAUUGUUGGAUUUUUUUGGUUUUCAUGAGGAGGCUGAUGAUGUAUUAAGCCGAGUGGAAGAACUUCAACUCCUUGAAAAACGAUUAAACUGCUAUAAUGAUCCAAUCUCACAGUUUCAGGCUUUGAUGUACCUCAAACCUGCAAUCCACAUCAGGUGUUGGUGUCAAGCUUGUUGGCAAUACAGUGUGGAGUACCCUCUUUCAUCAAUUCUUGAUAGUGAUGUCACGUGA